AUGUGGCACGGAACGACAAUCUCCCGAAGUAAUGCGCCGGGCCGUCCUUUCGAGCAGCAAAAGAUGCACAUCGUCUCACUCUUCCUGUCUCUCAGCGCCUUCUUCUUCUUGUAUGCAACUGCCUCUCCAGCGCUUCAAGUCCCAACUCCUGUGAGCCUGGCCAAACGGGCUGCACGUACAUCCCCGCCUGCUGGGGCAGUUGUCGUUCGGGGGUCUGGUACAUAUCACGAGAAGGUCCUCAUUACUCGCGCCGGUCCGUUAACCAUUUAUGGCUCGACGGCAGACACCUCGUCAUACACAUCAAACACGGUUACAAUCACAUUCUCCGACUCUGCAGCGGCGGAAGGGAGCGAUGAUCCAAGUGGGACGCUGCGUGUGAAGAAGGACAACUUCGCAAUGUACAACGUAAAUGUGAAGAACACGUUCGGCGUUGGCUCUCAAGCACUCGCUCUGAGCGCAUAUGGGACAAAUCAAGCAUAUUAUGGCUGUGGCUUUUACGGAUACCAAGACACGCUGCUCACCGAGACGGGCAAUCAAUUCUAUGGUGUCUGCUACAUCGAAGGCACUGUCGACUUUAUUUGGGGGCAACAUGCACGGACGUGGAUCCAACGAAGUGUUAUCGCCUCAACAGCAGCUGGGUCUAUCACUGCCGAUGGUCCAAGCAGUGCAUCCGAUAACAGCAUAUGUGCGUUCUAUCGCUAUUUGCUUAUUUUCUCGUGUCUGUUUGGUCAAUCUAAUGACUUCAAUACAUUGACAGUUGUGAUCAAUUGCUCGAAUAUCAUCCAAAGCUCUGCUGCGACCACUUCUCUCACAGGGAAAGUGUACCUCGGCCGACCAUGGACCCAGUGGGCUCGCGUUGUUUACACAUCCUGCACGCUCGGCGCGCAGAUUAAUUCUGCGGGGUGGUCCGUCUGGUCGUCUUCCACGCCAAACACCCGGGAAUGUCUUGUUUGCUGA